CUUUCAGUUAUCGAUGGAAAAUUGGUGAAUUUAGUUGUGCAAACUAAACUGGGCAGUUCGUUUUACUCUAUUUGUUGUACUUCUUCGAAAAAUGAAUAGAUUUGUGGUCGUUUUCUUAUCGUUCGCUUGUGCGUUAAGCAGCACCGUUGCAUUAUCAUUCGAUGGUCCAGAGAGAGACUCCAAUGAUUUCAUAAGACUUCCACUAACGCCACUAGCACCACGAAAGCGACGUGCUGCUGAUGAAAAUGGAUUAACAAAAAUCAACGUGAAUAGUGUGAGAGAUGUGAGAUACGGCUUCCCAGUUGAGAUUGGAACCCCUCCGCAAACGUUCAACGUAAUGUUGGACAGCGGCUCCGUGGACUUGUGGGUACCAUGGAAGGAAGCUAAAAACAAUCCUGACUGCAGACAGAUGUGUAAGGAUGCUGAACAUUUCUUUGACGAAAGUGCAUCGUCAACAUAUCAAAAAGGCCCCGGUGAUUUCUUUUUUGGCUAUAAAGGUGGUUCAACUAGCGGUACCAUUGGAUUGGAUACAGUUUCGAUAGGAGGUCUGAUAGCCAAAAAUCAGCCAUUUGGCCUAGCAAAUUCGUCUUUAAGCGUUGAGGGAAACGACGGCGUGAUAGGCUUUUCAUACCCUGCGUUUUCUGAACUUGACACUUUGACAUGGAUUGAUCGUUUAGUAGAACAAGGUCAAGUCAAACAACGGAUUGGAUGCGUAAAGUUACGGCUAAAAAAAGAAGCAAAGAGUGAAUUUAUAGUCGGUGGUUGUGAUGUGGAGGCUGAUGCUUGGGCACCGGUCUUAGUGAGAAAUAACCAAUUGAGUGGUUGGAGAGUGAAUUUAACCAAAAUUAUACUACGCGAUCGUACUAACAAUACUGAAUUGCUUAGUAUUGAGCCAAAAUUUGAAACGGUACUAGACACCGGAGCUGGAGAUCAACUUGCUAUUCCGAGCCAAUUUUUCAAACCGAUUGCUGCAAAUAUGGGACUGUUUAAGAAAGGGUAUCACCAACAAGUGGAUUGUGACAAAUGGCAAGAAAAAAAUUUGCCAAACAUUGAGUUUUAUUUCGGGUAAAUUGAAAUUAUAUGUUAAAAUUGGAGAAACAUGUGACAAGAAAUGCCAUACGUUACCUCUCUUUCACUCUUUUAUUUCAGUAAUGAUGGUGCCAAAGUCACAUUUCCUAUGGAAACCUACUCAUGGAAGUAUUUUGAUGAAUGCCAAAUUGCGCUUAGUGAUAACGGAUAUGAUUCGGUGUUUUUGUUGGGUACUCUAAUAUUCAAUAAAGCGACGAUCAUUUUUGAUAGAGAAAAUGAUCGGGUUGGUUUCACAGAACUAAAAUGAAAUAAGAACAAAUUAUACGGCGGACACCGCUACAUCCAACAACGUUUUAUACACACUAAAUAUACCUUUGGUGAAGAAAUCGCUUCCUUAACAAUACAGAAACAGUUUGAUGCAAAAUCAUGGCGAAAAUGAACAAUAUAAAUUUACACGCACACUACACACAUUGAAACCGUUCAUUGUAUUAUUUCUGGCUGAACAUUUUUUUUCGAUUUAUUUUUGUAAUAUGGUUCUUGGGUGAUAAAUAAAAAAAAAUUAAUUAUGCAUGCAA